ACGAAUCUUCGACCUCACUAAACAAACAAACACUGACCACUGUCUGGGAUAUUUUUGCGAUUGUGUUUUGGACUGUAAAUCAAAGAUUAUGUGCAAAUGCAUUUUUGAAGAUGCGAUCAUUUCAUCGGAGUUGUUUUCUUUUUUCCAGUAUUUAUAAAAUUAAUAUGUGAGAACAUUGGAGUAAUUAAGUGACUGGGUCAACGGAACUUUUGACUCAGCAUAGUUAGAUUGUAAUGAUAUUUGUAAAAGAAGUGAAAACACAUUUAUUAAGCGUUUAUUAAAUAUUUCAAAUAUUCAAUUCAACCGCGAUCGAGCUUUUGACGCAUAGAAAAAAGCACAAUCCACACGAGCAUUUGAAAUAUGCCUUCUAAUGAUGUUUUAAUUGUAUUUGACUGGUGACAGCCUCCGACAGUCUAAAUGCGUUUUAUAGGAAGUGAAAGCAUCUAAACAAAAAGCGUAACCACGGAAAAGGGGUUUGGGUCAUUCCUUUUAAGGAACAUUACUUGAGAAAGUCGUCGUUAUUGUGAUACCGUAUUUGUAAGAAAUAAAACCCCAACAUAUUACGCUAGAAAGAACAAACUCUAUAAAGCAGAAAGCUAAUUAAUGGUUAUCCGAAUUUUGUGACAAAAAGUGAGGACCAGUGUUUAUUUUUUAUAGUGAAUAGCGGCUUUUUAAGAAUUUAAGUUCCGCAUAUUAAAAGACGAAGUGCCGAAGGACAAAAUGACGUAAAUCAUCUCAGCCAUCAUAUAAUUAUGAUUUACUGUAGUUUCCAGUAGACAGAAAGUUUUAUUUGUAUUUACUUGUUUAUUUAAUUGUGUUGCGUUAAUAUAUAAUAGAGCUGAUAUAUUUUCAAACUGGCGGUGGGAAAAGAACUAAGCGACAUGCAGAUUUGUUCGGGAUGUGAGAGGCCCAUUUUGGAUCGAUAUCUUCUCAAUGUUCUCGAGCGCACGUGGCACGUGCAGUGUGUCCGAUGCACGGACUGCGCAUGCGUACUGGCGGAUAAGUGCUUUUCGAGGGACGGGAAGCUCUACUGCAGAAAUGACUUCUUCCGGCGCUAUGGCACCAAAUGUGCCGGAUGUGGACAAGGCAUAUCCCCCAGCGACCUCGUGCGUCGUGCACGUGACAAGGCGUUCCACCUGAAAUGUUUCACGUGCAUGAUCUGUCGUAAGGAGCUCUCGACCGGAGAGGAACUAUAUAUACUGGACGAGAACAAAUUCAUCUGCAAGGAAGAUUACAUUGCGAGCAAACUAUCUGGUUCCGAUGUUGAUGACGAGGGAGACUUUGAAAGCGUGUUAGACCAGAACGUUAACGAUUCCGACUACAUAGGCGCGCAAGAUGAUAUUUCCAGGGAUCGCGAAAUGUUCAACGUAUCUUCAGAUUCUAACCAUUUAUCUCCGGAACAACAUAACACUAGUUUACAAAACAAUGUAUCCCGUUCAUCAAAUAAUUUAUCUCACAAUUCAGUGGGUCUCAAUUUAUCGACGUCCAAAAAUGCUGCCGAAUCUAAGUCCGAUUCUAUAAUUUCGGAUAACUACGUAAAUACGGAGCAACCUGGAAACAUAAAAAGUGAACACAAAGACACGUUAUCGGACUCGUGUUUGAGUCCAAUGGGCACGGAUUCACAACUGACUGUGGAUGGGAAUCCGGGAAGUAACUGUUCCAGUAUAGAUAACAAUGAUUCUAAUAAUAAUAAAGACGGAGUCGCCAAUGAAAAGGGUGGUAACAAACGUCGCGGCCCGCGGACCACUAUCAAAGCCAAACAGUUGGAAGUCUUGAAAGCGUCGUUCAACGCGACCCCUAAACCAACACGUCACAUCCGGGAGCAACUUGCAGCAGAGACGGGGCUCAACAUGAGGGUUAUACAGGUUUGGUUCCAAAACCGAAGGUCCAAAGAGCGGCGAAUGAAGCAGCUGUGCGCAAUGGGUGCAAGACGACACUUCUUCCGCAAUCCAAGGCGCAUGCGCGGUUUACGGGGAGAGCUUGACGAUGGUUAUGGUUAUUACGACAACGGGGUUGACUUCUACUCCGGCUUUCCGGGCCCAGGGUACGGUGACUUCUUCCCGAGUCAGGGCCCCGAUAUGCCCCCGGGGCUCGCGCUCUUGCCUCCUCACCACGGUCGGGUCACGCCGCCAAUGGGUAUGGAGCAUCCCAUGCAGCAUAACGGGACUCCGGUGGGCCACGACGGAUAUCUGCCCCCACAGGACAUGAUGGCGCCAUCCUCCCCGGAAACCCUCAUGCACCCAGACGACCAGUUUUUGAUGACCUCACUUCCGCCGCGAUCUAUCCCACAAUUCCAGCAUCACCCGGGAGAAUCUUGGUGACCCAUAUAGGAUCUGAUUAAAAUCUAUUUGUGAAAAUUAUGAAUCUCAUCUGUUUGUACGACUAUGUUUAUGUACCCCUUUUAUUUGCAAACGCUAUAAUGUGUAUUUAAUUUUCCUUAUAAUAACUUUUAAAAGGUAUUAUAAAAGAUGCUAUCUGUGCAAAAGCUAUUGAAAAUCAAAAUUUACAAGUAGUACCACUAUUUUUCAGAUGUUUAUAUAUAAACAGAUACAAAAUAUAAUCUAAACCAAAAUUAUUUUCCUGUUGAAAAUUGAUCUAAUCAUUAAAUAUACCGUAAAUGUUUAUUUUGUUUUUCAAUUCGCACAUUUUGAAGUAUAAGAGUUCACACGAUAAUCAGUAUUGUUAUCAAAAAAGAAUCUCAGUCUUAAGAACAUGACUAUUGUUAAUGUAUAUCUACUCAAUACAUUAACUUUCACAUGUUUAAACCUCCAUGUGUAUUUUAUUUAUUUAUUUAUUUAUUAUGUUCGUAUAAAAUAUGUAUACAUAUAUUGACUUUGAUUGUUCACUUUUAUAAUGAAAACUUUUUAAUUAUUACCUUAUUUAUAAAAUAUGAUUUUGUUUAAGUUGAUUAUUAAAUAAAGUCUUAUUUAUUACUAUUGAGCACUCAAACAUUCUAACACAUAGUAUUUAUUUCCAAAUACUAUAAAUAGGAAAUGCAUUUACGCAUGUUCGUCAUGUUGUUUCAGUAUUUAAUUUCUUUUUGCAUUGAUAUAACACUAAUGAAUAUGUUACGAUUCGAGUCAUUCCACUAGCUAUUACAAAAUCAGGGAAGUGACAAAGCUAUAUAUUGUCGCAGCGAUUUUCUUACUGCAAUGAUAAGAAAGUGGCCAUUUUUUUCAUGCAAUGUUUAUGUAACCAUCUUAAAAAUAGAAAACUUAAACUGAUUAUGUGAACUGUAUUCAUGUUUAUCUAUUUCUGUCUCUACAUAUACAUUAUGGGCCGUGCUCUGU